AUGUCAGGUGCAAGAACAAGAGAGAAUAUCGCUCUUGUCAGAUACUACUUUUCAGAUGUCGAACGAGCAGUCAUCAAAUCAACCACGAAAGAUGACAAGCCACUCAAACCAAAACAUAUCAAUGUCCUGGUCGCCGUCACCUUCCAACGAGACUUUCCAAUGAGUGACAUGUUCAAGUUGAUCAAUACUAGGCUGAGGGAGAAUCAUUGGGUGAUUGUAUUUAAAUCAUUGAUCUUGGUACACAUCCUGAUGAGAGAAGGAAGUGCAGAUAGAGUCACAGGUUAUCUCGUAUCUGCAAGCAUGCUGAAUCUAUCCAAUUUCAGAGACAAGUCUACCAAUCCUUAUGGUGCAGCACAAGCUCGAAAUAUACAUGCCUAUGCAGCAUACCUCGAAGAAAAAACGCAGGCAUAUCGAGUCGUCAAACGAGAUUUCGUUCAUGGGAAAGACGAACAGACUGAAAGGUUCAAGACUUUGUCGUCAGAUCAAGCUGGUGCUCUCAUAGAAGAAACAACGCUUAUUGGGCAACAAGUUAAUGCAUUGCUGGGUUGUACGUUCUAUAUGGAUGAUAUCGACAAUCUAGUCACAUUACAAGCGUUCAGAUUGUUGUUGCUGGAUAUGAUGAUACUCUUUAGGUUGCUGAAUGAAGGAGUUUUGAGGAUAUUGAGUUUAUUCUUUGAAAUGACACAUUCAGACGCUGAAAGGGCUCUUGUCAUAUACAAGCAAUUCGCUCAAGAGACUUCGAAAGCCAUGAGCUUUUUUGAAAUUGGAAGGAAAUUGAAACAGUCGCUGGGUAUUGAUGUUCCUGAAUUCAAACAUGCACCUAUUCAAUUAGCCAGUGCAUUGGAAGAUUACCUACGGUCUCCUGAUUUUGAAGCCAAUCGAGCAGCUUAUCGGGCAAAGAAGGGAUUAAACGGAGGUGGUGGCAGUAUGGGUAUGGAAAGUACCUUCUAUAAUGAUUUAGCUGGUAUUCAACAAAUCGACGAACAAACGAUAGUCAUAAAAGGUGGUCAACCAGGAAUGCCAUCCACGGAAGAGAUCAUCCAAAAUCCCAAAACCCUUAUUGAUUUCUUUUCAAGUAUCGAUACUCAAUUGACGUCUGCUCAAGAAGAUCCUGUAUUCAUGAUGGGUGGCAACCAAACCAACAACCAAAACCAACUCAUGUUGAAUGGAAUGCCACAACAGCAACAAGGACAAUACCCAAUGUUGACGGCUGGACCAAGUAACAUGAUGGGUAAUACCGGAAUGAUGGGAAUGGGAGGUGUAAACCCGUUCCAAGUACAACAACAGCAACCCCUCGCAAUCGAAUAUUUACAAACCAAUAACCCAUUCGCUGCUCAACAACAAUCGUUUGGUCAAGGAUAUAGUAAUAAUAAUUCAGCUGUAUUCAAUCAACAACAGCAACAACAGCAGCCUGGAUUUGGACAGCAACAAUAUGGACAGCCGUAUGGUGGUCAACCACAGCCGUCUUAUAAUCAGCAACCGCAGCAACAGUUUAAUGCUCAAGGAGGUGCUGGAUUUGGUGCUUUUGGUGGUACAAAUCCAUUCCAACAGCAACAGCAACCAGCCCAAAUUGGGUUUGGUGCUUUUGGAAGGCCACCACUACAGCAACAACAGCAAGGCUUUGGUGGGCCUCAACAGCAGCAGCCGAAUAACUUCACGGUUGAAAAUGUGUUCGGCAAUCAAGCUAAAGCAACACCAUUCAACAAUACACCCUUCUCACAACCCAUGCAACCAACACCAGCAACACCAUUCAGCAACCCCCAACAACAGCAACAAUCAACAGGCCCAUUCUCAUUCCAACAAGCCAUGUCACAACAACCACCAUCAAACGCAAGCAAUGUCAUGUCGGACUUGAAUCCAUUCGCACCACAAAAUACUGCUGGCGGUAGACUAGCUAUAAUGGCACCACCAGGAAGCAGUAACCCAAGUGCCAACCCCAGUAUGACUGGCAGUAUAGGAAUGAAUCAACAACAGCAGCAACAGCCGCUUAAUAACCCGUUUACGAAUAAUGGUGUACAACAGCCUAAUCCGGCUUUGAAUCCGUUUUUUAAUGCUCAAGGAAGGGCGUUUUGA